UCUUGUGAGCUACCGUUUUCCAACCCUGGUGUUAUCGAUCUGGUUCGAUAGACCACGGUGCAGUCUUGGAUGUUCAAAAUUAGUAGAAUUCUUCGCAACUCCGGUUUUCAGGUUCACACAAUGACGUGUAUCGUGGACCUCACCAAUGAAUGUUUGCUUCAAAUUGUAGGAUACCUCGAUCUCAAGGACCAAUUGAAUCUAAAGCAGGCCACUGACAGCGCAACCCGUCUAUCUUCUAUGGUUGCAUAUGCGUGGAGACUCCAGAAAAAGUUCCAUGUUUACAAAGAGUUUGAAAAACGGCACGAUCUACUUGAGGACUUUUUGAAAUGCAUUUGUUCAUCGGUUACCGGACUGAUACUGAAUCAACUGCCCAAGGAACAAUUCGAUUUAUGGGGCAAUAACGUAUUUCCCAACAUGCGGGAAUUGGAAUAUAGGGGCGAUAUUCUUAAACGGUGGGAUGAUGACCAGGACUGCGAGCUUUUGGUGAACGCCUUUCCCAGGUUGGAAUCUGUUUCCCUGAGCGGUAAUAACUUUGGCAAGCAUAUCAGUCGGUGGGAAAACCUUCGGAGAUUGGACUUGUCACGAAAUGAAAUAACCUUGGAUUACCUGAGCCAAGAAAAGAUAGCCCAACUUUUGAUGUUACCAAAAUUGAGAAAAUUUUGUAUUAAUAAUUUGGAUAAUCCUUAUUUUUGGUCGGUAAUUCAUAGAGUUCGUGGUGAGGACGUGUUGGCAGUCACACUCUACGAUGACGAUUGGAGAAGCAGUUCGGAGACACUUAAAAUGUUUCCCAAUCUCCGCUCACUAACCAUCAUCGAUGACAAUUACUUUGAUCAUUCGGAACUAAGAAAAUUCAAUAACGUUUGGCCAGAGAUCGAGGGAAUGUGGAAAGUAAUCGCGGCCUGCCACCAGCUAGCCGAUAUAAAAUUGUCAGAGUUAGCCCUCAAAGAGGAACUCUUGGCUUUCAAUAUGGAUACAAUAAAACGCAUUUUAGAUGCACGAAAGACUCCACUGGUCGUGCAUAUGGGCCAAACCGGGUUUUUUGGAAAGACCGACUAUAUAUCCUUAUCGGAAAAGAAGGUUAUAUUGUGGAACUGGUGCCCCUAG